CAGAAAUCCGAAAAAGGACCUGCGCUGGCAGGAGACAAGGAGACGGAGCUGCCAGGGCGCAGCCCGAGUAGAAGCAGGGAGAAGACCAUGACGUCGGCUAACGAUAUAAUGAAGGUCAGUGACAUCCAGCGCGAAAUCGACGUGCUGGUCAACGAUUUGACCAUUGGGCCAGGCGGUUUAUAUUUGCUACAAAGCCCAACAUGCUACAAGAUGCGGGACCGCGAACAGCAGCAGUUCCGACGCGAGAUGGAACAGUUGGAGCGCGAAGUGAGACCUCGACCACAAACGGCAGCUCCCCGAAAACCGCCGUCCGAGACUAACUUUAGCUCUUACGCGGCAGGAGUAGUCGGUGAUGCUAGCAGCCAGGCUGGGCCAAGAACAAGCCCACGGACUAGGCCUGGAACUGGGAACAAGGACUUUAGCGAGGAGCACAAAUCAAAGUACGGCGAUAAGAGGAGCGGCGUCAUGACGCCAAGGGAGCCAUCGGUACCAGCCUGGCAUUUCCCUUCAGAUCUGAAGUGCUUUGGAUUGAGUGAAAAAAAUUAG